AUGCUUCGCUCGCCCUUUGUAUUAUCUCCGAUCAUUCCAAUAACCGUCGAGGCUCUUGCCCCCAACGAUCCUCGCGUGGAACACAAGAAACUCUGCGUCGAAGAGGGGAUCACAUAUCACUAUAUGGUGGCCAACCCCCCGACCAAGCCCAGCGCAACUGUUCUGCUUCUUCACGGCUGGCCUGAUCUUGGGAUGGGCUGGCGCUACCAGGUGCCCUGCCUCCUGUCACUCAACCAGCAAGUUCUCAUUCCUGAUCUCCUGGGCUAUGGGCGGACCUCCGCCCCCUCUUCGCCGUCGACGUACACUCUCAAGCGCAUGGCCAGCCACAUCGCGGCGCUGAUCCGAACCACGACUGACACGCCAGGAGCCUUCCUCGCGUGGCGGAUUGCCCUCUACUUUCCCGAGUUGGUGCGCGGUCUCGUCAGCUUCUGCAUCCCCUUCUUUCCGCCGCUGCCCUUCGUGGUCCCCCUGGAGCAGUUCGUCCGCCAGUUUCCGGACUUCGCCUACCAGCUGCAGCUGGCGGGCCUCUAUGCUGAGGCAGCCGCGUCCAGGUCGCCCGCCCACCUCCGUGGAUUCCUGCGCAGCAUGUUCGGUGGGGUGACAUCCGGGGGCGAGCCGGGGUUCGACGUCCGCGUCGGCGUGAUCGCGGAGCGCCUGCCACAGUUCGGACCCUCCCCGUUGGUGGAGGAGGAGAUACUGGACUUUUAUGAGUAUUCCCGGACGGGUCUGCACGGCCCGAUGAACUGGUACCGCACGCGCAUCCUCAACGGCGAGGACGAAGUGCAUCUGGCGGAGGCGCAGUCGACCUUCGCGCUGGCGAUCCCGGCCAUGAUCGUCAUGGCAGGCCAGGAUCCCGCCCUGCCACCCCGUCUUCUCGACGGCCAGGACGCCUUCUUCCCCGCCGGCCUGCAGACAAGGGUUAUCCCCGACGCCUCGCACUGGGUGCUAAUUCACCACCCGGCCGAAGCGAAUAACUGCAUUAGCGAGUUCCUGGCCAACGUGCUAGACAGCACUGUCGAUAUUGAUCUUCCCAGGAAACCACCAGCUUCAGCGCCCGUCCCUUCGUCCUCCCAGUUCUAG